AGUGGCAAAUACUUAGUCGCUCAUAUAUAUAUAUUCUUUUAUAAUUAAGAGAAUGCAUUAACUGCAUGCGUCUUUAGUUUAUUUGAUUCAUGGACUAAUUCCAAUUAACUUCUUUAAAUCUUUUAUAUGGAGUAUCUCUCAUCAUUUUGAAUUUGAUAAAGAACAAAUGAGGCUUACUCAAUUGGUAAAAGUAUCUCCACCUACGACCGUUAGGUCCUAGGUUUGAGUCACGCUAGAGGAGAAGUGUGAAAAUACUAUAGAUUCUCCUAAAUUGGGAGGGAUUUAAAAGUUUAAAAAAAGAAAAGAAAGAUUAAAGAACAUAUAGAAAAUGCAAGAAAAUUAGGAAGACCAAGUGACCAACAACCGAUAUAAAUUGAAAGUUCAUUCCCUUGACCUUUUCCUUGUUGUGCUUCGAAGUAAUAGAAGUCCCGUAACUAUAAGCUGGAGGGUUUUGUCUAUAGAUAAUUGCAUAGUGAUCACUAUUAAGGUUUUUAACUUUUUCUUUCUUAUUUAUUAUUUCAUCGUUUUCCUUGUUUGAGAGCAUUAUGUGAUACUCAGCACCAAAUCACUUGCAAUUUGUAACAUUAAUCAGUAAUUAAAGAGUUACUUUAGUAGUUUCUAACUCUCCAAACCAUGUGAUUGUCUCUAAAGAGAGUAUUGUUACGAAUCAACUUUAGCCCAAUGUCACACAAGUAGCUAUUGAGAUGACAAGAGCUAUUGGGCCGAGAACAAACAAUAGGCCCAGGUUAAUUUGGUAUUCAGGAUGAGUAGCAGAUGUAGGCUUAAGAUGGUUAUCUUAAAAAGGGUAGUGGAUCUGAGUUGGGGGUUAGGAGAAUUGUUGAAGAAAAGUGUGUUACUCUUUCUGCUUUCUAAGUCUAAGCUUCUCCUCUUUUCUUCUGCUAUAUGUGUAUCUUCUCUUAUAUUCUUAGUUUCGCUAUUUUCACCAUAUUCUUAGUUUCGCUAUUUUCACCAUUAGCUUGCAGUUUAAGUGUUGGUUCGGCUACUAGAAAUUGUAAUAGACAUUAGUUCUUAUCAAUAUACUUUGAGAUUGUAGCAUUUGUUACAUUGGUGCUUUCAUACUUCAAUGGCAGCGGUGGUAAUAGAUCGAUUUAAUGGCACUAGCAACGCCGAGAGCAGGCUCUUCCUUCCUUUGAUGGCUACCUCUUCCUUCCUUCUACUUUGAUGGUGACACUCUUACUUGGUUUGAUUGGUUGUUUCGAAACGAGCAAUUUUUUGAUUGGAAUCAUUUUAAGGAUAAACUGAAGCUGCGUUUUCGGACACGGGCCUUCACAAAUUUACUUUGAGCUAUGUCACAAACUCAUAUGACUUGGAUUCUACUUUCAAACGUGGAAACUCAGAGGUGGCCAACGUGUUCGAUAAAAUGUCCAAAAGAGCAGACGGGUGUGAUUCUGUUGAAUCGGUAUCAUCAGUUCCAGCUCUUGAAAUUCAGGUUGGUUCAAACUCUAUCGAAAUUGAUCCCAUAGAGUAUAUUGAUAGUGUCACUACAACUUUAGCAAACAGUGAAGGCGAAAUGCCUGACCAACUUUCACAAGGAAUUAGCACUAUUUUGUGGAACCAAUUUGCAGACAAUGUUUCGUUUCCAAUUCCUUUUGAUGAAUCAUCCUUGCUUCUAUCCAGUGUUGAACUACUAAAUGCACAUGUCUUGUUCCCUGAGAUUGAAUCUGCUUUAGAAGAUAAUACCUUAAGCCAUGUGAACCUGGUUUUUUGCUAGAAGUCCUAAGUGAGAUACCACUGAACAACUCAGUCAAUUUGCCACUAUGCUUCUGGAUUCUUUUCCUAGCCUGGUCACAUGUGGUAACUUCCCUAUUUGUCAAAUACUCGCUUUGCCUGUAAGUGUCAAUUUGGAUGAUGGUCAUAUGCUUGAUUCUUCUUAUUGUUUUCAUGUGAGGGCUUGCACGUAUAUCUACUAUGUGCCUGAAUCAAUAAUAGGGACUAUCCUAUUUUGUAGUUAUGUAGACAAUUCGUUUGACACAGGGCAAGAUUUUCAGUUUGAUUCAUGUGCGUUUUUAUCCGUUGAAUCUGAAGUUUUAACUCCAAAUGAGGAUUUUUCGAAGACAAAAGUUGUUACUUGUAACAUGGACAAUUGGGAAGACCGACAAACUGAAGGAAGUUUUCUCCUCUUAGGCUGUCACUGUGAAUGAACGCUGAAGGUAGAUUUUAAAAAUAUAUUGUGGUUCCACCAUGAAACUGGGCAGGAGCGCAAUCUUUUUGGAUUCUUGUUUGAAUCAAGAGUGCAUAUUAGUGAGGAGAAACUACAUAGAGCGCUCCAAGAAAUUGUUGAAAGUUACUCAAAGCAGUCACCAACUAUUUGGGUCGAUAAAGCCGCCAGACUCUUGUUUGCUAUGUUUGAUCUAGCAAGGUCUACUUUGCCGUAUAUUAUCUUUGAUCCUGGUGGGUUUAAUACUUCCCUUUGUGCGGAGAUCCAGCAACUACUCUUUAGACUAGUGAAAUACUUUACUGCAGAAAAUUAUGACAUCACACAACAGUACAUGAAGAUGCAGCCCGCAACAAAUGUACUUGCUGACAUAUUACAGGAGUGGAAAGCAUUAAACUUGAGGAGUGGAUACAAGGUAAAGCAUCAAGCAGUGCAAGGAGUUGGUUAUACAUUUUCUGGUGGCAGUGAAAAUUGUGUGGUUGCUGGGCAUGUUAUAACUGAACUCAACUUGGUAAUGUUGAAAAUCUUGACUGCAGGUGUGAUGGGAUUAAGUGGAGAGCGAGACUCUAAAAUUGUUUAUCAGUACUUCAUGGAUAAUUCUCGUGUCGACGGGUUUGAGCAUGCUAAAUGGUGUUGCCUGUAUUAUAUUUCAAGUGAUUUCAAAAUAACUUUUGCUCCUAGCAGCAUUCUUGAUGGAUUACUCGGCUACCAAUUAUUCGACAUUAUUUCCUACAUUGUGGCCUAUCAUGUGAAUAUUGCUUUUGAUAGAGAAGAAAAUGACUCAACUGUGACCACGAAGAAUUUCAUUUGGGACCCAUUUCCAGUAGCUCAAGCUAACACAAUUGAUCUUUCCCUUCAAUCAAGAAUUUAUACUAAAGAAGAAUGGAUAGAAUGGGGCAUUGCUGAUACUAUUACCAUUUUGAUAAGCUAUUUGAGGAUGUUUGCUUAUGCAUGUAUUACAUUGACUGAGAAUUCGUGCUUAUCAUCUUCUUAUAAUCCGUUACUGUUAAAUACAUGGACUGAUUGGGAAGUUAUUGAAUGCUCGAAAUUGUUAAUUUCGAGUACCACAAAAAGGCAGUUUCUCUUUAACCGAGUUCAGGCUUUUGUGGAGGUUCGCUACUGGAAUGUUUGCAUUGGUUCGCUCAUUUACCUUAUUGCUAAUUGCUUCCAAAAGAUGGCAAGCAAGUCCAGGUCGCUGUGAAUGGCAGAUUCUGAUGGCAUUCAAGUUUAUAAAUUUGUUAUUGUCUACUAAGAGCUGCAAUGACCAAGGUGAUUGGUCCAUAACUGCACUAGAUCACAUAUUCUCCUCAAGUCAUAAACAUGCCUUCGUAUUGAGCUAUUUGAUUGGGAGGUAGCAAGUAUCAUUGUUCUUGACUCGAACCUUGAGGACAAAGUCUUUCUUGAGGAUGUGAGUAUUGUUAUGAAUCAGCCUCAGCCCAAUGUCACACAAGUAUCUAUUGGGCUGCCACGAGCUAUUGGGCCGAGAACAAACAAUAGACCCAGGUUAAUUUGGGAUCCAGGAUGAGUAGUAGAUUGUAGGCUUAAGACGGUUAUGUUAAAAAGGGUAGUGGAUCUGAGUUGGGUGUUAUGCGAAUUGUUGAAGAAGAGUCUGUUCCUCUCUUCUCCUUUCUAAGUCUAAGCUUCUCAUCUCUCUUCUUCUACUAUCUGUGUAUCUUCUCUUAUAUUCUUAGUUUCAGUAUUUUCACUAUUAGCCUGCAGUUUGAGUGUUGGUUCGGCUACUAGGAAUUGUAAUCGAUCGUUAGUUCUUAUCAAUAUACUUUGAGAUUUUAGCA